CAGAGAGUAUUGUUUAUGUCUUUCUAUCAAAUUAGUAAGGCACUAGCAAUUUUGGAUCAUCUUAAUCCAAUUUGGGGGAAUGAAACUUUCCAGAAAUGCCAACUGCAGUCAUUGGAAGGGGCUGAUUUACAAAUGUUUAUUUUUACUGCUAGAUUUCAGCAUUUUUGGAUAUCAAAUCCAAGUGUGCAGUCUUAUUUUGCCAUCGCCCUCAGUCUUGACUGGCCUUGUACUUCAAUUUGUAUUUCUGCUUCCUUGUUAGAGACCAUCACUAGAUUUUUUAAUCUCUCUGCAAUGUAAGGGUAUUCUUGAUAGGCAAACAUUCCUAAUUCCAUGGUGUACACCAAAUUUUCCUGUUAUUCUUAAUUCAUGGCCCAAUAAUUUCUCUCUUUCUUUAUGUUAUUUAAUCUACUAGGAACAUGGCUUUAAUAUUAUAAAAAUGCAUUUUUAUUGUCUCUACUGGCAUAGUUUUUCUGAUUUAGGUAACUUGGCAUUACUAGACAUAGGAUAUGUUUAUUUUAAGGUAGCUUUAUUUUACUGUCGUAGAUUCUAUGUAAGUUAAAUAUUAUAGAUAUUAAAUGGACAAAGUAUGAUGUUGUUUUCCACCCCAAAUAUAUCCCAUGUUGCUGUCACUCAAAUAUAGUGUUCCCAUUUCCCUAGAAAUUUACCUGAUUCUCUUUUUCAUAGGCUUGAAAUCUUUCUUUGCUCCAGAAUAAACUUAUCUUUCAAGUUUUCCACAAAUUCUUCGAAAUGCCCUUCUGUAAGAGAAGAGGUUGAGUCAGUUGCUUCCAAGUUUAACACCUGGAGAGCAGAGAUCUUACCUGCCUGGACUCUAUCCCAGUUCCUCACGGUGCCAGCCCACAGGAUGAAGUGCUCAAGAAGUAAGAAUGAAGAACCACACUUAGACUCACAGUGCAGUUAUUCAUCAGGAGACCAGCUGUUCAGGAGCAUCCCGGACUUGAGCCAGGCACAUUUGAGACUUGGCUCGAACUGAAGAGUGCCGGGCACACUCUUCUGCAGCAAUGUCGGUGUUAGAAGAAAGCCGACCGUUUGCUCAGCAGUUAUCCAAUGUCUACUUCACGAUACUUUCACUCUUCUGUUUCAAACUUUUUGUGAAAAUCAGCCUUGCCAUCCUUAGUCAUUUCUACAUCGUGAAAGGCAACCGCAAGGAGGCAGCGAGGAUAGCAGCUGAAUUUUAUGGAGUAACCCAAGGACAAGGUUCCUGGGCAGAUAGAUCACCACUGCAUGAAGCAGCCAGUCAGGGUCGUCUGCUGGCUCUCAGAACACUGUUAUCACAGGGUUAUAAUGUAAAUGCGGUAACCAUAGACCAAAUCACUCCACUGCAUGAGGCCUGCCUUGGUGAUCACGUGGCAUGUGCCAGAACACUUCUGGAAGCUGGAGCUAAUGUAAAUGCAAUCACAAUAGAUGGUGUGACUCCAUUAUUCAAUGCAUGCUCGCAAGGCAGCACAAGCUGUACAGAACUGCUUUUGGAAUAUGGCGCCAAAGCCCAGCUCGAGUCAUGUCUUCCAUCUCCCACACAUGAAGCUGCCAGUAAAGGUCACCACGAGUGUCUCGACAUAUUGAUAUCCUGGGGCAUAGAUGUUGACCAAGACAUUCCUCAUUUGGGCACUCCUCUCUAUGUAGCUUGUAUGUCACAGCAGUUCCAUUGUAUCUGGAAGCUUCUUUAUGCAGGUGCUGAUGUACAGAAAGGAAAAUAUUGGGAUACUCCAUUACACGCUGCUGCUCAGCAAUCCAGUACAGAAACCGUCAACUUACUGUUAGAAUUUGGAGCAGAUAUCAAUGCCAAAAAUACAGACCUUCUGCGACCUGUUGAUGUAGCUACCACCAGCAGCAUGGUAGAGAGGAUAUUGCUUCAACAUGAAGCUACUCCAAGCUCUCUUUGCCAGCUUUGCCGACUCUGUAUCCGCAACUGCAUUGGGAGACCAAGACUGCAUCUGAUCCCACAGCUCCAGCUGCCAACACUACUGCAGAACUUCUUACAGUACCGAUAAAACAGUAAAAACAAAUCCAAGAAAUCUGAAAAUCAAAAAUUUUGACUUUGUUUUAUGAAUACUUACUAUUAAAUUAUGCCAAAGAUUGAGUUAACAUGAGUAAAGAACACCAAGGGAAUCAGAGAAAAAACAACUUUCAUUUUAAGUGUUUUCGUUAGUAUUACUGUUUUAUCCAUUUCUACUCUUUUUGGGUGAUAAUGUAUUUGUGGUAUCUAUGUUGUUAGUUAUUCCAAUAUAUUCUCUUGGUGACUUAGGGAAAAAUGAGAAAUUCUCCACUCUAUGUUUUUUUUUUCAGAAUGGCAAAGAAGAAUGUGAAUUAAUAAAAUUAUAAUUUGAAUAGGAUUAUACUUGUCAAAUAGUGGAUUCACUUCUUAAUUUUGGCUAUGUUAAUUUGUUACCUCUCUGUUUUUGAUAUUGACAACAGCAUAUGAGUACAUUUUAAGAAAGAAGAAUUAAUAUGCUUUUCAAAAUAAAGAUGAGUUUCAUUCAAGAA